AUGUAUCGUUCCACCGAAGGUUUGGGGGUUUGGGAGCACCGGGGGAAGGUCGCAUCCGUAGGUAUCGGACAUUCCCCGACAGCCCGCCGCUGGGAUGGGAGACCGGAGACGUCGGUUGGAGCACUGAGCAUUUUGGCGCUGCGCAAGGCCAUCGCUGACUCGGGCAUCGCCCCGGACCAGGUGGACGGCCUCGUGCUGGUGCCGGUCACGACCACGGGCGCCUACUGGCCUGCGGACCAGCCCGUGCCCAUGGAUGUCGCCAACGCGUUCAAUCAAACAGAUGAUCCUCUGGACGGCAUUGGACAGCUGAGUUCGGAAUGGAUCAUCAAAAACAUGCCUGAACUGAGUAACGUCAAGUUCACCAUGUACGCGCCCGGCUGCAUGUCCGCUGCCAUCGUGGUCGCCGCGCAGGCCGUUGGCGAUGGCUUGGCCAGCAACUGCCUGGUCCUCAAGGGUUGGCACAACCUGGAAGGCCGAUACAACCAUGGAGGCAUCAGCGGCGCUGACGAGGUGCCCGGCAGUUUCGCGGUCACUCCUGGUCGGACGCUCUGGGGCGCGCCUGGAUGCUACGGCACGGCCCUGCAAUUCGCGCAGUAUUGCACCAAGUACGGCAAGCACCACGACAUGAUGGCGCCGUUCAUGGAGAAUUCCAGGCGCAAUGGGCUCCUGUUCCCUGAAGGAUAUUGGGCGCAGCACCGCCCCGAGCAAUUGACGCCGGAGGACUACCUGGCCUCUCGGUGGAUCGCCAAGCCGGCUAACCUCUUCGACAACGACAUACCGAUCAUGGUUGCGGCCGCCUACCUGUUCACCACUGCGGACCGUGCGCAGGAUGCGGCUCAGAAGCCGGUGUACAUCCUCAACCACGCUUCGAGUCGCGGCGCGGCGCGCAGCAUAACCCCCACGCUGGAAGAGGUGGAGGCGGAGACCGCAUCUACCGGGCGAAAGAUCUACGAGGGCGCCGGCAUCACUGCCGACGAUCUCUCCUUCGAAAACAUGUACGACGGGUUCGCCCAGUUCCAUCAGUUCCACAUCGAGGGGCUACGCUACCGGGGAAUGCAGCCCGGCGACGCCCUGGAUUUUUACCAGACCGAUAUCAGCAUCGAGGGACCCAACCCGAUUCUUGCCAGUGGUGGCAACAUCGGCGGCGGCAGGAGCCGGUUCUGGAUGCACACUGACUGCAUGCAACAGAUCCAGGGCAGGGCCGGCGCCCGCGCUCUCACCGGUGUCAAGCCGGAAAUCGCCGUUUCCGGUGGACCCAUGCCGAUGGGUGGCAAUUUCACGGUCUGGAGCGCCACGCCUGACUAA